AUGACGGACUUAGGGAAGAUGAGGCUCUUUCUUGGUCUAGAAGUUUUGCAAAGAGAUGAUGGCAUUUUUAUGUGUCAAAGGCUGCAAGUUGAGCAAAAUGGAGGAGAAUUGGUGAAUGAAACCUACUACAAACAAAUUGUAGGAAGUUUGAUGGAUUUGACGGCCUCAAGACCGGAUCUGAUGUUUGUAGUGAGCCCAUUGAGCAGAUUCAUGUCCCAGCCAACAGAAAUGCAUUUCCAAGCUGCCAAGAGGAUGAUGCGAUAUCUUAAAAGUAGUACAAGUUAUGGUAUUUUCUAUAAGAAGCAGGAAUAUGAAGAACUUGUUGCGUUUACGGAUAGUGAUUAUGCCGGAGAUUUGGAUGAUCGGAAAAGCACUUCCGGUUAUUUUUUCUUAAUUGGGGGAAGUGCAGUAUCUUGGGCGUCGAAGAAGCAACCUAUAGUCACACUAUCAACAACAGAGACGGAGUAUGUUGUUGCGACAGGUUGUGCUCAGCAAGUCAUUUGGCUAAAACAAGUUCUAGAGGAAAUGGGAAGCAAACAAGAUGGAAGCAUUGUGAUUUGA